GCGGCGAGUCAACGACGACGAGCAGAGUCCACGGAUCGCCGAGUCGGCUGUCGGUGGACGACGACGUGGUCGCUCGGUUCGUGGUGAACGCUGCUUCUUCGCGGUGAGGGUGAGAACCUCGCGGCCCCCUCCGUCGCGUCGCGUCGCGGACACGCACAAAGGUCGCGGAGGUCGCGGGACUCGUCUCAUCGAGGGGUUGAACACACGCGGUCAAGUCGAUACGCAGGGUGGCGCGAGGUGGUGGGGAUUCGUAUACACGCGGUGCAACCACGUGUGACCGACGCGCGCACAUCACAGUACGACGUUUCUACGACUCGACAGGCCGCAGGCGGAACAGCGGCGGUAUGCACGACAGUAUUACGUUGUUAAUAAUAAAAGAGCACGAGAGUGCGCGGAAAGAGCCUUCCGGGAAAGGCGGCGCAGUUAUUUUCGAGUGCCAGAGCGAGAGAAUUUCCGCCGGCGCGCCAACCGUGCGCAACUGUCGGCGAGCGUGUGCCCAUCGUGAUAUGAAAGACAAGUUGUAUCAUAAUGAUGAAUUAUACCUGUGUGUGACGUGAAGGCGACACGGUAAAGUCUUCAUCGAACAACUCCGACUAUCGUUCGGAGUUUACAGAUCAUUAUUUUUGACUCUCCUGUCCCUAACUUUGCUGUUACUGUAUAUGUUGUGUCACUUAUAGAAAUUGCACCUUCUGUGAUAGUGAAGCCACCUGUUAUAUCAAGAAUCAUCAUAGUGCUUGUUAACGUGAAUAAAUGCGAAGCUCUGUGAUUUCAAACCACAGACGAUAGAAAUCACUGGGCAGUCUGCUGUAUCAUCUAUAUAGUGUCUACCAUUGUUAUGCUCGGUUAUUGUUAUCUCAAUUGCCGUGCGCAUAUCGGGAUUGUAUAACUGCCGGAUGGUAGUCGGUUGCAUAAUGAUCUACUAGUGAUCGGUAACUCAGGAGUAAUUAUUGAAGAAGAAUACGAGAAGGAACGAGUACACGUUACACGUAGGACAUUUCGGUUUCCCAUUCAUAUCCAUCAGUUCGAUCUGGUAACUGUCGGAGUUUCGAUACCGAUAAACGUAGCGUGUUCUUGCGUUCUUUCGUGUUGUGAAAACGAAUUGAAUUUUAUUAUUCAUCGAACUAACCGAUUAUUAUAUAAAAAAUUGUGGGAUCUAAGAAAAGGAAAACCUAAUGGAUUGUGACAUGACGAUAAUCUGACAGUAUCUACAGAACGGAAAACACGUCGGCGAAGUGGAGACUUCGAGAACGAAGACACCGAAAGUGAUUCACGAUGGCGAUGAAAAGCCAGAAACACCGGCACAGCACCGGUACCAGCAUCGGUUCUAAAACUCAUUAUCCCGCUAUCAGCCAGGCUUAUUGGGCACCGCAGCCACAAACCGCACCUUACUCCGUUCCAGAGCGCAAACUGUUCGUUGGGAUGCUAUCGAAAAAAUUCACAGAAAACGAUGUUAGGAACAUGUUUAGCGCUUACGGAAUGAUCGAGGAAUGCUCGGUGCUGAGGGACAGCACCGGGAAAAGUAAAGCCUGUGCCUUCGUUACCUUCGCUAGUAAGCAGUACGCGAUCAAUGCCAUCAAAGCUCUGCAUCAUUCCCAGACAAUGGAGGGCUGUUCGUCGCCAUUAGUCGUAAAAUUCGCCGAUACGCAAAAGGAAAAGGACCAGAAGAGGAUGCAGCAACUUCAGUCGAAUCUCUGGAACAUCGCGGGAGUCAACAUCACACCGCAUUACCUAGCCAACGAUGCGCAUACUUUGGCGCCUGCAUCGUUGCAGCUUCUGCAACAGUUGCAGGCGACGACGAGUGCCGCGACUCCGGUCGCCGCGAAUGCGGGAGCGGCUAAUGCACUGUCGAAUGUACAACAUCAGUUACUGUUACAACAACACCUUGGCCUUGGCGCGGCAACACCUGCGCACGCAGCACCCCCCGCUGUACCUAGUCCAGCAGAAAUCAACCCUGCGAAUUUGCAAAGUUUAGCCACCCUCGCGUCUCUGAGCAACACUGCUGGUGAGUAUGCAAAUGCGGGUGUGUCGCCAAUGAGUAUGCAGAACCUUGUCACUCUGGCAGCUAUGACUGGCGGAAACGGCAAUCUCCAGGUGUCGCCAAACACAUUAAGCGGUCUGGCGAAUUCGACAGCAGGUAUGUCGUUAUCUGCUCUUCUGGGAAAAACAGGAAAUACAGGGUCUACCGGGGGCAGUCUUAGUCCUGUAACAUCUCUCACGCUCAAUUCCUUGACGGGAACGCCGUUAAACGGACUUCAGGAUUCGCUGAGCAACGCCUAUUCUAGCUUACAACAGUAUGCAGGGUUCCCCGCGUUCACGGCGGCUGCAGCCGCUGCGGCGGCAGCAGCACAGAAGACCAAGUUCACCAGCACGGACAAGCAAAUCGAGGGUCCCGAAGGUUGCAACCUCUUUAUAUAUCACCUACCGCAAGAAUUCAGCGAUACAGACCUCAUUUCUACCUUUUUACCCUUCGGCAAUGUCAUAUCCGCCAAAGUUUUCAUAGAUAAGCACACGCACAUGAGUAAAUGCUUUGGUUUCGUAUCGUAUGACAAUGCAUCGAGCGCGCAAGCAGCGAUCCAAACGAUGCACGGUUUCCAGAUUGGCAUGAAGCGACUGAAGGUCCAGUUGAAACGGUCCAAGGAUGCCUGCAAGCCGUACUAGCUGACGUCACAGAACGUUCGUAGCAGGUGGCCUGUGACGUUGUGACCGUGUACUCUCGAUCGGAGUCGCCGUGCCAUGUCAGUCUCAGUCAGUCAAAUCAGUAUCGGUCGUUCGCUCGACCGGUCGAUCGAUCAGUCACGAUUCCCCGGUCAGUCUCUCGAUCAGUCUAUCUGUGUCUGUCGGUGCCUGUACAAAGAACAACACCCGCCCACGCGCUCUCACUUCUGCCGUGAGAUCCUCCGCCUUGUUGACCUCUUCUCUAUCUCUUCAUCUCAUCUCCUCAACCUCUUUUGCGCCCAUACCGCCAUCCACGAAGUCGCGACAUCGUUCAUACUUCGCGAUCGCACCGAACGGUUGCUUGUCCUCCUGAUAGCAGCUGCGCAUGUAAAACACUGGACGAAUCCUCGGACAUGCAGAAGAAUUCACGGUGCUGGGCAAAUGAAAGUUAUGGCCGAGAAAGUGCACAUGAAAUGUGGAGGAGCGCGAUGAAGAAGGCUGAGAAAGUGGAACAGAAAGGAGGACGAUGCACCGACGACCGACCAGGGUUCCUCGAACGAAGCUAACGCGCUAUGUUAACUGUCUGUCCAAUCUCCCCUCCCCCUUAUGUAUAUACAGAUAUAUAAAUAUAUCAUGCAUAUAUGUACAUACACAUAUAUGUGUACGUGAGUAUGGUAUGUGCGUGUGUUUGAGAGCGCAAUGAGGAUUCUUAUAGUUAAUUAACGGUAGGCGAUGCUCUACGUUUCACGGUGAAAGAGGACAAAAGAACAAGCGAGGGACGUGUGGCGAAUGAGCUGUGCGAGAAAUUUUUCUUAUACAUAACUAUACAUAUACAUAGUUAUACAUACAUGUUCAUAAAUCGAAUUAUCGACUGAGAACUAUUUUUAUCGGCUCUACUAUCGGGAUCGCUGUCGCACCGCCUGUUUAUACAUAAAUAUGCAUAUGCAUAUGUGCGUAUGUAUCGCGGCAAAUUGGACGUGUAAACGAGAUAAAUGUAUGUAUGAAGAAGCACGAGAGAUGGAGGCGGAAAGAGAAACGCGAAAGGACGAACAAUGAUCGUGCGGGACCGACGCGCGUGCGAUUUCUUAGGUUUAAAUCGUGCAAAUAUACCAAAAACGAAACGGAUACAAAGAA